GAUCAAGGAUGAUUUAGUAGAAACACCGAAAGAAUGAAAUGUUCUUCUUGGAGAACUCAUCAAUUCCUUCUUGCUAGAGAAGGUUGGCAACAAUUAUGUCCGAAUGUGGGAUGAAACUAAAAUUGUCCUGCAGAAAUUAUUUAUACCGAGUCUUUUUCUAAGGCAAGGGCGAUUAGGAUUGAUUGAGACACCAAAGGUUGAAAAAUGGACUAAUCUCAAGGAGAUUGAGUUGAUGAAUAAUAAAUUGUCUGAGCUACCGGAGAACCCCAAGUGCCCAUUUCUCCAGAAACUGAUUUUACAUAACAACUAUGAUCUGAUGGAAAUUCCUGAAUUAUUCUUUGAAAGCAUGCCUCUCCUACGAGUUCUAGAUUUGUCCUAUACUAGCAUAAAGUCUUUGCCACCUUCUAUUUCCAGAUUGAGAUCACUUCAAACAUUCAAUUUGAGAGGUUGUGCACUUCUCAUGGAGCUGCCCCCCCAACUCGGAGUACGUGGGAAUCUUGAGAUAUUUGAUCUUGAAGGAACUGAAAUUAUGUACCUACCCGAGGAAAUUGGUGAAUUAAUUAGUUUGACGUGCUUCAAGGUCUCUUUAUGUGGCUGUGCAAACCGCUAUAUGGACUUGAUAAUCCCAACAAAGGCAUUAUUAAAACUCUCUGAAUUGGAAGAAUUAAGCAUUGAUGUGAACCCAGAUGAUGAGUGGUGGGAUGCUGAGGUGAAAACAAUACUCAAUGAACCAAGUAAAGCAUUAAAGUUGAAAUUCCUUGAGUUGUAUCUGCCAACCGUUGAAAUAUUACAGCUACUUAGAUGGAAAGGCACAGAACUCAAGUAUCCAGAUUGGUUUGAAUUUAGAUUCAUUGUUGGUUGUCACCGACAGCGCCUCAUAUCCCGCCUACCACAUGAAGUUGAAGAGAGAUUCAAGAAAUGGAACAAAUGGAGGAAACGCCUUGAGUAUAUAAAUGG